AUGUAUGUAUGUAUGUGUGCCUGCAUGUUUACCAAGAGUAAAACUGGCAGUAUUGUUAUCAAAACAAAAAUUCAAACUGCGUCGGAAUAGGUAAGAUCGGCAUGGAGUAUUCGUUCACGCACAGCGCUACUCAGCUAACUAGCCAAUUUCACGUGUCUCUCUGCUGACACAACACUUCGGCAACCUCAAAAGCCAAAUAAAGAGUAAGAAAAAAAGAAAAAAAAAGGAAAGAGACUACACGCCAACACUCCUUUUCUAAGCGUUCGAUUACUAAACAAACCAAUACGUACAUACAUACAUAUGUAAGCUCAUGAAUAACCUACCCACUAGCCCACUCGUUUUCCAUACCGCGUAUUUUGCAGAGAACAAAGAAAUCAACAUUGCGCAUCAACAACAACUAAAAUACAACAGUGAUGUUGAUACUUGAAAUGCAUUUGUAGUAGCAGCAAUAGCAAUAACAACUUAUGAAUUAGGUUGAGUUGUGUGCGAAUAUGUACGAGUAUGUAUGUUUGUAUGCGCGGGUAGUGAUUCAUGCGAAUACGAAAAAUGUUGUACCAAUGUCGGCAAUGGUAUCGUAAUGCUACGAAUAGCCAACGAUUGCGUGCAUGUGAAUUUGUGAAAUAUGUUAAAGCGCAUAUAGCAAACAGAAAGUCAGUCGGCGCGGUAAACGCAUUUGCCGUUGCAGAGCUAAACCAAUAAAAGUUUGUGAAAUAUUAAAAUAUUCUGAUUAAGACAACAAAGCAGUGCAAGUGACUUCAUUCUAUUGUUUGGCCACACUUUUAUCAUUCUUUAUCUAAGUGAAAGUACGUCGGCCAAGUUCAAGGACACGCACGUAGAGCGCGAGAUAUAGCAACAACAAGAACAACGAGAAGUGCACAUUGCUUGAAAAUUAGUGACGCACUAGUCAAUAUCACGUUAAUUCAAAAUAUUCAUCACAACAACAAUAACAACAACAACAAAAUCUCUGUCACAAGUCGCCACAACUUCGAAUUUGGAAUUUUCGCCGGACAGUGACCCAAAAACAACAUAAAAUUAAAUUCUCAUCCACCCCCAGCCCCCUGCACUUUCCAACAACCCCUUGACACACACACAAACAACAACGAAAAAUAAAGAAGUGUUUUAUGAGAGUAAAUUCUGUGGGUUGUGUGGGUGUUUGUGCAGCUCCCACGUGGACGUAAAGUAAGUGAGGGCAGACAGAAUUCAACACAGGAUCAUUCAACUAAUAAAACAAAAGUAAGCGCAACAAUAACAAGAAUUUGAUUCCUUUGGAAAAAUAAAUACACCUUAACACACACUCACAUUCACACUCUGCCGACGCCAAGGAGCGCCAAUCGUCUUUGCUUUGCAAAAAACCGAAACUCUGCUAGUAGGGGUUAGCAGCUGCAUGGCAAGCAAAUUGCGUCGCAAUACUUUUUCGCUCACGAGUGCUGAGACGGUCGGUGCAAGUGUAGUAGACGCGAAAAAAGCCCGAAAAGAAUUCGCUGCAAUAAGAAUUAAUUAAUUCUUUACAAUUUGGAUUUAUCUCUGCGAGGCUGAGAGAUCGAUUGUGUGGGACGCGCAGCAAAACAAUAUAAAACAUUCAGCAGCAGAGAAACGACUGCAGUAAAAGCCAGAAGCAAUUAAACAUUGCGACAAGCCAAAUCUGGGGAAAAAUUGAAAAAAAAAAACAAAACAAAGAACGUAAAGCGUAAUAAAUAUUUCAUUAUUGCUAGAAAAUAAAAAAAAUAAAUAAACGAAAAAUAUCACAACACUAACGCACAAAACAACCUCUAACUCAAGGCAGUUGAGUCUGCGGCUGCGUCGGCAACGACGGCGCGAUCUUCACUGAAUGUUCAGUGUCGCUGUUAAUAAGUGACAAUUCGGUACGUGACGGGGGUUGUGGAGGGUGCGGGUGACAGAGGCUGGUGCAAGCGUCGAACGCACGCACAAGACACCGUCAAUAGAAUAACAUCCAGCUUAGACACUAAGACGGCUCAAAAUGAUCUCCAACAAGAAAUCGUACGCCAUGAAAAUGCUUCAAAUAGCAUUGGCCUUAAGCCUUCUGCAAGUGGAUCCGGAAAAUCGCCUACACAAUUGGGACUCGCAGCUGGAGUUGCGCGAUGGUGACGGUUGGGAAUUGGAAAUGUUGCGCGCCGUACCGAUGGUGGAGUAUCCGUAUGCGAAUCGUAAAACUAUGAUGCCGCUGAUUGAGGAUCUAAUACGCUACGAUCGACAACACGAUGCCACGCCGCCACAAUACAAUGUCACCGCUUACAUGUUGAACGUACAGCAUGACGGCGGCACAAACCAGACGGCCACUUUGCCGGAGUUGCAAGCAACACCGAGUAAUUCGGCUAAUGCUGGCGGAACCGUGAAUGUGGCAGGAGCCACUGCGCUGGAGCAGGCAGCCAAUGCUGCAGCGGCAGCAGCUGCCGCCAGUACGAAUGCCAGCAACAUGGGACUGCCCACAUCGGAGUUGGAUGCGUUUCUCAAUUCGGAAAACUUUCAAGACCAACGUUCGGUGUGGGAACAAAAUCUAGCCGAUUUGCGUGACUUUGGUGAUCUCGCUGUGAAUAAUCCGUACGCUGGCUUGCCGCUCAAGGAUGAACCGUUCAACAACACUUACAUUGAUUUGAAUUUGGACAUGUUUUUUCCCAGCUUUGCGAGUGCUGCGACAGCAGCGUCUGAUGCUGUGAAAGAAGAAGUGGAAGGAGAUGAAGAAAAACCAAUUGGUGCUGGUGCUUUAAAUGACACAUAUCCAGAACCCGCAGAUAUUACCCGCAUUAAAACUGAACAAGUAGAUAAGGAAGAUAAGGAAUUUGUGCUGGACAACGAAGUGGCAUGCUCCAGUUCGAGCAGCCUAAAUGUGGCGUCUACUGUGGCAGUCAUAAAGAAGGAACCGGAGGGCAGUGGAUGCGACAGUGAGCAAGCGGAAGUGGGGGAUGUUGAUUUGAGUCCCUUCAUUAGUCAACUGGACCUAAACAAAGAGGAGAGCGAAAUUGUCGAUGUGCUGUGGAAGCAAGAUGUCGAUCUGGGUUAUACAUUGACACCACCGCAUCUGCUAAACGCAACUGGCAAUAAUAGUAGCAGUAGUGGUACAACAGGCGUAUUGGUUUCUGAUGACGACAUUGAGAAGUUGAAAGCAUUGAAAGAGCUUAAAUUAGAUAAGCCAAGCUUUGAGGACAAAGAUGCGGCAGUAUCCGAUAUUGAUGAUGAAUGGGCUGGCAUACCUUUUACGGUGGAUAAUGAAACUGGUGAAUAUAUCCGUUUACCUCUGGACGAAAUUCUUAACGACGUACUACAAUUGGCUGAAUUCGAUAACGAUAAUAGCGAGUCCAAUAACGAUUCUGUCGCUUCAACAUCGAAAGCUGCGGCUGCCAAGAACAACAAAACCAGCAACGAUAAGACUAAAUUGGAAACUGGUGAAGAAGUGCUAAUCGAUAACAACAACACUUCCGUGGAUAAAGAAGAAGGCGAGGAUUUGAAUAAAGGUGCACUUGCCAAAAGUGGCGGCACCACCAAGAACGAAGAGGACAACAACAACGAGGAAGAUUAUAUUGACGAUUUCGAUCUAUCGUUAUCGGAGAUCGAAGUCAAUUCGUUGCCAUCACCACUUUUCGAUUUAGAUGACGAAGCACGCGAAGAACUAGCCGAUUUCGAUAUAAUGUUACAAUCAGCUGCAGCACCACCACCGCCAUUCCAUCACCAUCAUCCGCAUCAGCGCGGUGCCGGCAUGCAGAGUUAUGUUGGCGGUGGAGCAAAUAGUGCAUUCCAUCGACAGGCGACCGGUUUCCAUCAUGGCCAUCAUCAGGGUCGCAUGUCUCUCAGCCGUGGCGUUUCGAUGGAGCAACGCCUGCAGGAUAUCGCCAGUUUCUUUAAUCCAAUAUCGGGCAUGGGUGUUGUUGGGGGCGUCUCUGAUAUGCCACCAUAUCCACAUUACCCCAGUCAUCCCUAUUCGUACCAGGGUGCUGCUGGCAUACCGGCACCACCACAACACGCCCAAUAUCCGCCACCACCACCGCCGCACCCACACCAUCACAGCCAUCAUGCUAUGUUGCAUGCGAACGCUACUUUGGGUGACAUUUGCCCCACACAGCCGCACUAUGGCCACAAUUUGGGUUCGGCCGUUUCGUCCAGCAUGCAUUUGACCAACUCUAGCCAUGAUGCAGAAGGUGGCACCACUAGCGCUGCUGGCAGCAAUGCGGGCGCUUACAAAAUGGAGCAUGACAUGAUGUACUAUACCAAUGCAUCUUCGGAUAUGAAUCACACUACGGAAGGAUUUAUUAACUCCAUUUUAAAUGAUGAAGAUUUGCAUUUGAUGGACAUGAAUGACAGCUUUUGUCGCAUGGUUGACGUAAACAACAGCACCAGUAAUAAUUCGUCCGUACUCGGCAGUGGUCUUACAAGUGGUCAUGCAAGCGGCGGUGGCAGCAGUGCCACAGGUUCCACAUCAAACGGCCUCGCAAUGAGCGGUGCUGGAGCUGCAAAUAGUGCUCUUGCUGGUGGCGGUAUGACGGCAGAUCUCUUGAAUUCGGGUGCUGGUGCGAGUGCCGGCGGUGAUCGUUUGGACGCAUCCAGUGACAGUGCAGUUAGCUCAAUGGGUUCGGAGCGUGUGCCAUCGCUAUCGGAUGGUGAAUGGGGCGAAGGUAGCGAUUCAGCGCAAGACUAUCAUCAGGGCAAAUAUGGUGGACCGUACGACUACAGCUAUACCAAUAAUAAUCGUCUGAACGAUGGUUCACGUCAACCGCCCGUCGCACAGAAGAAACAUCAAAUGUUUGGCAAACGCUUUCUCAACGAGCAACCUAGUUUGACUGCUGCAGGUGCAGCUGGUGGCAACAAUACCGCCGGUGGCGGGGUAGUACCACCAUCAGACACGAAUCCGAUAUUAAAUGUUGGACCUGCACCCACUGUCAAAUAUGAAUAUGAACCAUAUCCGACAGUGCCGGGUCUACAUCAGGGCGGUGCCGGUGGUGCGCUACGCAUCGAGGGUGCUAUGGGGCCGGCACUUAGUAGCAAGGAACAACAAGCAUACGAUUUGAAAUAUGGUCCAGGUAUUGUUGGUGGUAUCGGCGGUUACUCACUAGAUUUCGCACAGCGCCCACCGCGUACUCCACACGAAGUGGUGCAACACAAUCACACUUACACUCUGCCACAGGGCACCGGCUCCUUGCCUCGACCGCAAACGCGCGACAAGAAACUAUCGACGACAUCGUCGAAAUCCUCCAAGUCCUUUAAUGGUGAGGAGGAACAUUUGACACGCGAUGAGAAGCGCGCACGCGCUAUGAAUAUACCCAUAUCAGUGAGUGACAUCAUCAAUCUGCCCAUGGACGAAUUCAAUGAGCGUCUCUCCAAGUAUGACUUAACUGAAAAUCAGCUCUCACUAAUACGCGACAUACGUCGACGUGGUAAGAAUAAAGUGGCCGCACAAAAUUGUCGCAAACGUAAGCUGGAUCAGAUUCUAUCGCUGGAGGAUGAGGUGAAGGAGGUGCGCAGGCGCAAGGAACAGCUGUUUUCGGAUCGUGACAGUCUGGCUUUGGAGCGCAAGCGCAUUUCAAACAAAUUCGCAGCGUUACACAGGCAUAUAUUCCAAUACUUGCGCGAUCCCGAAGGCAAUCCCUGCUCGUCGUCCGAAUACACGCUGCAGCAGGCCGCCGACGGUUCCAUAUAUCUGCUGCGCAAAUCCGAUGCCGCGAAUGGCAGUGGCAAUGCCAGCAAUAGCAGCAGCACAAGUAGCAGCAGUAGUGGCUUGAGCGGCCACGUGAGUCACAAUGGCAUGUCGCCACAGCAACAACCACAACAACAGCAUUCAAUGUUGGGCGCUGCGACGCACUUGCAGCAACACCAACAGCAAGCGCUGCAUCAUCAUCAUCAUCAUGCGCAGGCGCAGGCGCAACAGCAGCAGCAACAACUGCCGCAUAUGCAUACACAGCAAGCGCAACAGCAACAACCACAACAGCAGCAGCAGCGACAGCAUUCGGCGCAUCCGCAUCAUCAUCAAACGCAUCAAAAAGAUUGAAAAUUGUUGUUGCAGCACUAUGCGAGUUGGUUUAAAUUACAGCAGCAGCAGCAGCAACAACAACAAGAACAAGAACAAAAACAACAGAAACAGAGUCAUCACCAACGUCUCCACAACCAGCAGCAACAGCACCACCACCACUACGAACGCCACUAUCGCUAUCAUCUCUAUCAGCAACAACACCAACAGCAGCAGCAACAGCAAAAGUCGACAAAGAAUUUAAGGCAAUCAACAACAGCGUGGCCGCAGGAUCAGCAAAAAUAUAAGCAACAACAACAACAACAUGCGCUUCAACCGUAUGCCGCUGAAUUUGAGCUUUUCUAUCAGCCCGCAGCGACGUCCCAACAACAAUGCCAAUGCGCACAUUGCUAUACGUUCGAUUAUGUGGGGGGGCCACAGCAGCAGGAUGCCAAGGAUUUUGAAUGGUUGCAUGAGGUGGCUGCUGUGCCCGCAGCUGCGACCACCUCGAUUGCCACAAGUUUCUAUUUUUAUUGAUUUCAUAGAUUUAAACGAACUUAGUAAUGAAUGUAAAUUGGCUUUGCUCCUCUGCACUUUUGCUGGCAGUUUUCGUAAUUGUUUUUUGUUUCGAUUUUUUUUACUAUGCACGCCGUGGUAUAUGGGGUGUGGCCGUUCAUACUUGCAUAUAGUAUACAUACAUACACACACCGAUAUGUGCAUACAUACAUACAUAGAUAGUUAGGGGUGUUGGUAUCGUAAAUUCAAAAAAGAAAACUCUAGCAAUUCAUUUUCUCUAUUUCGAACAAAAGAAAAACUCAAAACUCAGACAAAGAGCAGACAAUAAAAACAUUUGCACAUCAGCAAAGGCAGAAGUUGCUCUGAAUAACAAUCGUUAUAGCCACGUUUGCGCUUCUCCCCAUUUUAAAACAGACAAACGUUCGCACAUGCGCACUCACAUCUCAUCGAAGGAUCGAGAAACUGAUACAAAAUAUAAAAAAAUAUAUAAAAAUGUUACUUGAAUUUAAAGUUGUUGAGCACAAAUUAUGUUAAUUAGGUAAAGGUAAAUAAUGAAGUGAGACAGAAUUAAACAAACAGAUUAUAGGAAUAAGAAAGUGAACAAAAACAAAAAUAAAAAUAAAAAAAUCUUUUUUUUUCUAAAAAAAAUACCUCUAUUAGGUACGCUGCUGAGUUGAAGGCAAAAUGUAAGAAAAAAAUAAAAUAAAAAAUAAUAAAAAGCAAAAAAAAAAAAAAUUUUUAAAAAAAAACGAAAAACUUGUGAUACAUUUUAAUAUUUAAACUAAACUUAACUUAACUUAACUUAACUUAACUAAUAAUGUAUAAAGUAUUUUAUCAACUUUUUUGCAUUACAAACACAAUUAAGCAUUUUUUUUAUUUUUAUAUUUACUUAAUUUAAAUAUAAAAUAAAUAAUUAAAAUUAUUAAUUAAUUGAAACCCUGAUUAUUAGUUUGCGCGCUUUGUGGACCUUAAUUUUCGAAGGUGGCAGCGCUUUCGUUCAUACGACUUGUAUACUGUGCUAGCGAUUUUUUGUUGUUUACUUUACCUUUAUAUUAU